AUAUGGGGCAGCCCCAACAGCAACAUAUGGGCCACUUCAACCCGCCGCCACCUCCGUUUAACCAACAAUGAACGCAGAUGUCCCAUUAUGUGCAGCAGCAGAGGUUCCAGGGAGACGGCAUGCAGUUCCAGAACCAAAACCACCUGAUGAUCCACCAGGUCCAGCAGCAUCUCAAGCAGCAGAUGGCCGGGACCAGCCUGUCAAUCCUCAGAUGCUGUCCCAGCAGACCUCCAACAUCAUGCAGCAGGUGCGCUGACCCCCUCCUCCACCCUGCACCUGAAGUGCGCUCACCCCAGCCCACACCAUCACUUCGACAACAGCUCAAUCCGUCUCCUAGGCAACCCCAGAUGUCGCCGCCUCACAUACCUCCGAACCAAUCGCCGGACCCUGGCAUGCAUGGUCAAUACUAUAUUCAACUGACAUCAGAUUCAGUGAUGCUAUCCCAGUUACAAUCUCACAAUUCUGUGCCUCAAGAUCAGAACCCAGGCCUUGAUAUGGUGCACUCGCUUUCACCGGACAAUGAAGUGAGUCAGUUACAACCACAUGAUCAAUUAUCGCGGUUUGUCGAAACAUUAUAGCAGGGCUUGAAAGCAACCGUAUUCAUGUGUUGAAGUGCGCUACACGAUAUAAAACCAAAACUUAAGUAUUUUCAUUAUCA